AUGGACAGGUGGGCAGGAAACAACUCUCUCAGCAGCUUAUUCCCCAAAGCUUUCAAAUUGGCUUUCUCACAAUCCAGCCCUGUUAGCUCCCAAGGACUAUGGCAGAAUAACAUAUGGAGAUGGAACCCUAUUUUGAGGAGAGGCAUCUCGAUGGAAGAUAAAAAAGACAUAUCAGACCUCUUAACCCUUAUUGAUCAAAUCAGGCCUACAUCAAACAAAUUUGAUUCCAUAUUCUGGCCAUCCAAUCCCUCACUCUCUUUCACGGUGAAAUCUCUAUAUGGCAUCCUUAUCAAAGGAGGUUUAUUAUCCCCUUUUCACAACUUUAUUUGGAGAUCCCCUAUUCCUCUUAAGGUAAAAACCUUCCUCUGGAUCCUUAAUAAAAAGAAACUCCAAACUAAGGACAAUCUAAUCAAAAAAGGAUGGAUGGGUGAUUCAACAUGCCCCCUCUGUAGCCAGACAAUGGAAACGCAUGACCACUUGUUCAUCACAUGCCAGUUCACUCAAGCUGUAUGGUCCUCAUUGCUUCCUUCUUCUUCUUCCAGCCUAUGGCCUCAGGAGGUGACUAGUUUGAUCAAUGGAAAAGAAGAUUUCUUGGUUAGCCAGCAUCAAAAAGCUAUAUGGAAGAUUUUGUUCCCUUGCACCUGCUGGUGUAUUUGGAGCAGUCGUAACAACCUUAUUUUCAACAAUAAUCCAUCUUUGUUCCCUUGCACCUGCUGGUGUAUUUGGAGCAGUCGUAACAACCUUAUUUUCAACAAUAAUCCAUCUUUCCCCUCCUCUAUUGCUGCAAAUUCUUCCCGUUUUGUUCUUUUCUGGACAGGGACAUCUAAAAGCAAAAAAUCUCAGCGAAUGUAUGAUGCGGCUAUUAAAGCUGGUUUGUCAGAGAUAGCAAAAUCUUCAGGGAACGAAGGGUUUGAAGAUAACUUCUUCUAA